CAACCUUCAAUCUUCCAUUCCAUCUUCCACCAACAAACCAAUACCCUUCCUUACUCUAAUACCUCAGUGUACUACCUUAACCUCCAUCCACAGUCUUCGCAAUGGUUCUCGACCGCUUGAAGCAGGUGGCCUCGCACGUCACUGGCCAGACGGCGCCUCCUCAUCCCUUUGAUCCGCUGUCUGAGGUAGAGAUUGAGAAGGCGGUUGGCAUAAUCCGCAAGGACCACAGCGAUGUCUUCUUUAAUGCUGUAACUCUCUGGGAACCGCGUAAGAAGGAGAUGAUGGCAUGGCUGGCAAAUCCCGAGCAGAACGCUCGGCCUGCCCGAAAAGCCGAUGUUGUCUGCAUUGCUCCUGGCAGCAAGGUCUAUGAUGGUGUGGUGGAUUUGGACGAAGAGAGGAUUGUCAGCUGGGCACAGACUGAGGGCGUGCAGCCUUUGAUUACCAUGGAGGAUUUGCAAAUUGUCGAAAGUGUCGUACGGAAAGACCCCAAGGUCAUUGAACAGUGCGGAAUCAUUGGUAUCCCGCCAGAGGACAUGUACAAGGUCCACUGUGAUCCCUGGACGAUUGGCUAUGAUGAGCGUUUUGGCACUGGAGUCCGCCUGCAGCAAGCUUUGAUGUACUACCGCCCACACGUGGAUGACAAUCAAUACACUUAUCCCCUGGAUUUCUGCCCCAUCUUCAACGCCGACAAGCAAGAGAUUAUUCACAUCGAUAUCCCCAAGGUAAGGCGACCGCUGAACAAGGCACCGCCAAACAACUACCACGCUACCUCUAUUGAGGCAGAAGGUGGUUUCCGCCAGGAUCUCAAGCCCAUCAACAUCACGCAGCCGGAAGGUGUUUCGUUCAAGAUGGACGGCAGGAUCAUCGACUGGCAAAAGUGGAAGUUCCACAUUGGCUUCAAUUACAAGGAGGGCCUCGUUCUUUCCAACAUCUCUUUCAACGACAAGGGAAACGAGCGUCCCAUCUUCUGGAGAAUAUCACUGGCUGAGAUGGUGGUCCCCUACGGCAAUCCAGAGCACCCGCACCAGCGCAAGCACGCCUUUGACCUGGGAGAGUACGGUGGUGGUUAUAUGACCAACAGUCUCUCUUUGGGCUGCGACUGCAAGGGUGCUAUCCACUACAUGGAUGCCGCUUUUGUCAACCGCGCCGGUCAGGCUCAGACCAUCAAGAACGCCAUUUGCAUCCAUGAAGAGGAUGCUGGAAUCCUAUUCAAGCACACCGACUUCCGCGACGAUGCCUGCACUGUGACGCGUGCGCGCAAGCUCAUCAUCUCGCAAAUCUUCACGGCCGCCAACUACGAGUACUGCGUCUACUGGAUUUUCCACCAAGACGGUACCAUCCAGCUCGAGAUCAAACUCACCGGCAUCCUGAAUACGUACCCCAUGAACGAUGGCGAGGACCUGGAGGGCUACGGCACAGAAGUGUACCCCGGCGUGAAUGCGCACAACCACCAGCACUUGUUCUGCAUGCGCAUCGACCCCAACAUCGAUGGUCCGAACAACACGGUCUUCGUUGCGGACGCCGCGCGCGGCGCCGGCGAAGUCGGUUCGAAAGAGAACUACUACGGCAACGCGUUCUAUUGCAAGAAGACGAAGCUGGAGACGCAAGCCACAGGCACGAGCGACUACGAUGGCAACACUAGCCGCACGUGGGAGAUGUGCAACACCAGCAAGCUGAACCCCUACAGCAAGAAGCCCGUCAGCUACAAGCUGGUCAGCAGGGAGGUGCCGCCGCUCCUCCCCAAGGAAAACAGUUUGGUAUGGAAGCGCGCCGGCUUCGCCAGACACGCCAUCCACGUCACGAAGUACAACGACGACCAAAUCCACCCCGCAGGACGACACGUGCCGCAGACGUCAGGCGAGCCAUCGCAAGGCCUGCCAGCCUGGCUCUCGGCCGAGCCCGACGCGUCCAUCGCCGACACGGACAUUGUGCUGUGGCACACGUUCGGCAUCACGCACUUCCCGGCGCCCGAGGACUUCCCCGUCAUGCCGGCAGAGCCCUUCUCGCUGCUGUUGCGGCCCCGCAACUUCUUCACCCGCAACCCUUGCCUCGACGUCCCGCCCAGCUACUGCAGCGUGCCGUCGGGCGUGCGCCAGGGCAACUCGCUCGUCGAUCGCAUCUCGCGACUGGCGUUUGAUGGCGGCAAUGAGGGCGACAAGGGCGAGGCCAAGGCGUGUUGUGCCAAGUAGAUUGUGAGAAGGAAGUUUUGGAUUUGGGUUUGCGGGUGCAAAUGUGGGGUUUGAAGAAGGUGGUCGGUGGUGUGGCGUCUGUUUGGGAAGUUGAUUGUUUUGCGGGUGUUUGAUUGGAUGUUUGAUUCUUUGAUGAUCUGUUGGGAUUCCCCUCGUUGUACCUACCUACCUCUUUGACCGCUACGGCAUUGUCUUCGUGGGAUCGAUCUUCCUGCCAUAGCCAUAUAUAGGGCAAAGACAUUGGAUAAUUUGG